AUGUCGGACUACAGCACGGGAGGACCCCCGCCCGGGCCGCCGCCACCCGCCGGCGGGGGCGGGGGGUCCGGAGGAGCCGGGGGCGCCGGGGGAGGCCCGCCACCGGGCCCGCCGGGAGCGGGGGACCGGGGCGGCGGCGGCCCCGGCGGCGGCGGCCCGGGCGGAGGGUCGGCCGGUGGCCCCUCGCAGCCACCCGGCGGGGGCGGCCCGGGAAUCCGCAAGGACGCCUUCGCAGACGCCGUGCAGCGGGCCCGCCAGAUCGCAGCCAAGAUUGGAGGCGACGCAGCUACCACAGUGAAUAACAGCACUCCUGAUUUUGGUUUUGGGGGCCAAAAGAGGCAGUUAGAAGAUGGAGACCAACCAGAGAGCAAGAAGCUGGCUUCCCAGGGAGACUCCAUGAGUUCUCAACUCGGGCCCAUUCAUCCUCCCCCCAGGACUUCAAUGACAGAAGAGUACCGGGUCCCAGACGGCAUGGUGGGACUAAUCAUUGGCAGAGGAGGUGAGCAGAUUAAUAAAAUCCAGCAGGACUCAGGCUGCAAAGUCCAAAUCUCUCCAGACAGCGGUGGCCUACCUGAACGCAGUGUGUCCUUGACAGGAGCCCCGGAGUCUGUGCAGAAAGCGAAGAUGAUGCUGGACGACAUUGUCUCCCGGGGUCGUGGGGGGCCCCCUGGCCAGUUCCAUGACAAUGCCAAUGGGGGCCAGAACGGCACAGUGCAGGAAAUCAUGAUCCCCGCGGGCAAGGCCGGCCUGGUCAUUGGCAAAGGCGGGGAGACCAUCAAGCAGCUGCAGGAACGGGCUGGAGUGAAGAUGAUUUUAAUCCAGGAUGGCUCCCAGAACACGAAUGUGGACAAACCGCUGCGGAUCAUCGGAGACCCUUACAAAGUGCAGCAAGCCUGUGAGAUGGUGAUGGACAUCCUGCGGGAGCGUGACCAGGGUGGCUUUGGAGACCGGAACGAGUAUGGGUCCCGGAUCGGUGGGGGCAUCGAUGUGCCAGUGCCCAGGCAUUCUGUGGGUGUGGUCAUCGGCCGGAGUGGGGAGAUGAUCAAGAAGAUCCAGAAUGACGCUGGUGUUCGGAUACAGUUUAAACAAGACGAUGGGACAGGUCCUGAGAAGAUAGCGCACAUCAUGGGACCCCCAGACCGGUGUGAGCACGCGGCGCGGAUUAUCAAUGACCUCCUCCAAAGCCUCAGGAGUGGUCCCCCAGGCCCUCCAGGGGGUCCUGGUAUGCCCCCAGGAGGCCGAGGUCGAGGUAGGGGCCAAGGCAACUGGGGCCCUCCAGGUGGGGAGAUGACCUUCUCCAUCCCCACGCACAAGUGCGGGCUGGUCAUCGGCCGAGGCGGCGAGAAUGUGAAAGCCAUAAACCAGCAGACAGGCGCCUUUGUAGAGAUAUCUCGGCAGCUGCCACCCAACGGAGACCCCAACUUCAAGCUGUUCAUCAUCCGGGGCUCACCCCAGCAGAUCGACCAUGCCAAGCAGCUCAUUGAGGAGAAGAUCGAGGGUCCCCUCUGCCCAGUCGGACCAGGCCCUGGGGGACCAGGCCCUGCCGGCCCCAUGGGGCCCUUCAACCCUGGGCCCUUCAAUCAGGGCCCACCUGGGGCUCCCCCUCAUGCUGGAGGCCCCCCUCCUCACCAGUACCCACCCCAGGGCUGGGGCAACACCUACCCUCAGUGGCAGCCGCCUGCUCCUCAUGACCCGAAUAAAGCCGCCGCUGCCGCUGCCGACCCCAACGCCGCCUGGGCCGCCUACUACUCACACUACUACCAGCAGCCCCCAGGCCCCGUGCCCGGCCCGGCCCCGGCCCCCGCGGCCCCGCCCACCCAGGGCGAGCCCCCGCAGCCUCCACCUGCUGGCCAGUCGGACUACACCAAGGCCUGGGAAGAGUAUUACAAAAAGAUCGGCCAGCAGCCCCAGCAGCCUGGAGCACCCCCGCAGCAGGACUACACGAAGGCCUGGGAAGAGUACUACAAGAAGCAGGCUCAAGUGGCCACCGGAGGGGGUCCAGGAGCACCCCCGGGUUCCCAGCCAGACUACAGUGCCGCCUGGGCUGAAUAUUACAGACAGCAAGCCGCUUACUACGGACAGACUCCAGGUCCCGGCGGCCCCCAGCCUCCGCCCACACAGCAGGGACAGCAGCAGGCAAGUGGGAAUUGCCACCCUCCUCCUCCUCCUUUCUCCUUCCAACCCCCGGCCACCGUCCAUCCUGCCUUAGUGGGUAGCGCCGGAAACCCCUUCCCCUGCGGGGUGUGUCCUUGA